UUGAGCAUAUUUCAAAGUUUUCAAUUGGGAUUAUUAAAAUACUUUUUAUUGAAUUGAUUAAAGAAAUAUAUAGGUAUUUAUAAAUAAACCGUUUUAGUGGAUUACUUUUCUAUAUUUCAUUUGUAUAAAAAGGCGGGUAGUUUUUUUGUAUUUAAAGGUAAUUGUUGCAAUCAUACUAAUAUUAUAAAAAGAUUUUAUAAUCAAGAAAUUCGCAUAAAUGUUGCUAUAUUUUAUAAAAAUUACAAACGAACGAGCGAACGAAAAUGAUCGGUGAAUGAUGACGUUCAAAUGGAUAAACAUAUUUAUAUUCACACACAUCAUAACUUCAAAAUGUUCUCAAGUCAUCGAUGAGCAUAAUCAAAAGGGCCUACAUAUAUCUGACUACUGUCCUAAAAUAGGGUCCUGUGAAGAAGGAUCUCAUGUCAUGUGCAUUUAUUAUAAUCCUAUCAAAAAAAUGGGAUCCACUUGUAGUAAUGCUGCUAAUAUCUCUAUAACUCCAGAAUUCGCCCAAAUGAUACUGGAUAUCGUUAACAGAAUACGAAGUAAAGUAACCGCAGGUUCUGCAAAAGGAAGAGAUGGCACCAAUUUACCGAAAGGCUACGGGAUAUAUAGAUUGAAUUGGGACGAAGAGUUGGCGACUUUUGCUCAAGUUUGGGCAAAUCAAUGUAUUUUGAAGAGUGAUUUAUGCCGAGACACAAAAAAAUUUCCAAACGUCGGCCAAACACUAGGCAUGAGUCGAUUCACGGUUGACGAUUGGCAACCCCUACAUUCGCCGAAUUAUUUGAAUUCAUCAACUCUCACGCAGGAUAAAGUUAAAUACGCUAUAACGGCAGUUAUGAAGGCCUGGUAUGACAUGAGGGCAGAUAUUACGGCAGAAGAUAUAAAACUAACCGUUGAUCGAUCAUCAAAGACGCUUGGAAAUCAGUUCAUUUAUUUGAUAUAUGGAAAUGUAACUCAUAUAGGCUGUGGUAUAUCUGCGUAUAGAGAAUACGCCUAUCACGAUAAUAAUGCAGCUUUGAAUUAUAACUCGAUUCAAAUAGUUUGCAACUAUUCAGCGCGUCUUCAUUCUGGAUAUCCAGUUUAUACCACUGACCCACCGACGAAACCGGGCUAUACCGUGAAAUGUGGAUGUCCUUUAGGCUAUGAUGAAGAUGACGAUUGCCUUUGCUACGAAAGUAAAAGAAAAUUGCCCUAUACAUGCAAAGAUAGCAGUCGAUGCAAGCCAUCCGUCGUGGUAUUACCAAUAUUUACAGUGGACGAUGCCCCAAAAGCGCUCCACGAUCUUGGAAAUAACAACGCUACACUCGUGAUGAAUACGAGAGAGGUGUUCGAUCGUUACGAUUUGAACAGUCAAAGGACAAAUGGAAUUUCGUUUAAUAAACAAAGACAAAGUGGUUUUCCUAUACAAAGAUUUGCGGGAGAUGUAAGAAGUCGAUAUUUCGGUAGAAAUAUGGGAUCGUCAAUGAAUCAUCGAGCUGAUAUUUCACAUCAAUUGCCAAGGGUUGGGUCAAAUCGAAGGUCGAAACAGAGUGUAUUUUUAAAAGCGCCAAUUUUCGACUUAAAUGUACGAAAAAGUAAUCCGAUGACACAUCAGAAGCUUGUAAAUAAGAAAGAUGUAGCGCCGAGAAAAGACUUUACCGAAGUACAGCAAUUAGUAUCUGAGUAUUUAGACAAGAAAAGAUAUCGCAAUACAUUUGACGCUGAUAAAGAAUCUGAUGGCUACAUUUCUCAUGAGCCAUUAACUUUUCAUUCUUAUAAUAAUCCUAAUACAUUUAAAAACCAAAAUGUUUUUCGAAAUAGUUAUAAUGAUGAGCAAAAAUAUAACAACAAUAAUUUUAAUUUAAACAAAAAUUUAAAUUUAUAUGACGAUGUAAAAGUCGUAAAUGUAGAUGGUGACCGUAAAAUAAUGGCGCUGUUAGAUUCAUUAGAACAGAAAAUCAAAGAAAUAGAAUUGGACACAAAUGAAAAAGAAGUAUUCGAUGAAAAAAUUCGUAAAAUAUACGAAGCACUAGUUGGAAAAUCGGACUUUAAAGAGAAAUAUAAGUUAAAUGUACUUUGGAACAAUAAUUCCAAAGCCAACGAAGUUAACAAUUAUAAUAUAAAAGUAGAUAGUAAAGGUAUGUUAAGAAAUUAUAAUUUCGAUUCAAUGAGACCUGAAGAUUAUAGUUAUCGAGAUGUAAAUGAUAAUCAUCCCAGUUACGACGGUGAUUUAAAUAAAAACUUCAGCAGGUACAAUUGGAAUAAAGAUGAUACAAAACAUCUAAUGCUUAAUUUAAACCUUGAUGAUAUAGAAAACAGAGGAAUGCGUAACGCUUAUAACUUCCGAAAGAAAAUUCAAAGAAAUUUAGAAAAUGGUGAUUAUUAUUUAAAAAAUAUAAAUGAUGAAGAUUUAAUGGAAUCUAACAGACGAAGAUACUACGACAACAAACUCGCGACAUUGCGUAGAAAAAUUGAUUUGAUGAAAAGGAACGUAUAUCAACAUAAGGUUCACCAAGAUCGUAAACUGAGGCCAGUCCGUCCAACGAAACCUGCUGAAGAACAGAAAACAUACAUCAAAUCUAAAGAAUCAAUGAAUACUUUCUACAUGCCCGAUAGGGCGAGGUUCUUACACGGAUUUUAAAUUAAACUGAAAUUUAAUAAACAUAUGUAAAUUCUAAUUUUGUAAAGCGACAUUAUCGCUUAACAGCGAUUUCUCCCAGUAAAAUUAAAACUAGAAAUUUUGAAUCAAAGAAAUGGACAUGUAGUGCAGUGAAAAUUGUGAUUUUUUUUAAAAAAUAUAUACAAAAUCGUAUUUACAUAUAACGAAUUAUAAACGAAAAU